AUUUCAAAUUAUGAAACCUAAUCUCCGAAAGUGCAGAACCAAACCAAAAGGCUUGAGUGAGUGAGUUCAACACUUGAAUUUGGGAUAGAAAGAAAGAGAGAGAUGAACGGGAAGCAAGCUGGUGCGUCGUUGGAUUCCUUGAUAUCUUCCUUCAAUGGUCGCAUAACGCAGCUUCAGGAACUCGUCAUUGCGCGAAACAUGUACCCCGCCAGCGGCGUCGCGGAUCUCUCGGCGGUGGAUGCGGCGGUCACCGCCAUGGAGCUUCAGGUCAAGGCCAUCAAGGACCGCCUGCGCCAAGAGGUUCAAGCCAUUCCCAAAACCAAGAAAUUGAUCGAUGCAUCACUGCGGCAGCAAAAGAAACUGCAGAAUUUGUCUCUUCAUGUUCCCCACCAAGUGCCUGAUAGAGUGACAAUGUCACAUUUGGAAACUAGUAGAUGUUUGUUUCCUGAAUUUUCUGGACAAGACUCUGGAUCAUUUGAGGCCUUGAAGCUUGAUGAGGAGCCUGCAGCAGUGCCAGUGCCCAAGGAGAAAAAAGGUCGUGGUUCACCACCAACGUGGUAUGUUACUGGAAGUGAACUAGAUUCCUUGUCAUCAUACAUGAGAGGCAGGCUUACACUAGAGAAGGUGAAUGCAGCAAUCAAUGAUAUGGCGUCUUAUGCUGAAGCAAAUGCUCAACUUAUCGUUGCCCCCAGAAAGAAGUUGGCGGAAAAUCUUUGGGAAAAAGCUCUGGAAAUAAGAGAUAUUGCAACCAUGGAAGGGAUUAAGGGAAAACACUUUUUUCUUGAAGUUGACAUAAAAGGACCAUCACUGAAACUUGACAACACUGGAAAAGCAAUACUGACGGUUCUUCGUCACCUUGGACGCAUUAAUGAAACUCGUGUCGGACAUCAUCGGGUCAUCAUUCUGCAAAAGCCUCACUAAAGGACUAGUUUCAGUAUUUCAUGUGCGUAUACAGUAUACAACGACAACAAAGCCUUAUUUCAUUGGUUGACUUCAGUUCAGCCACAUGUGUAUGUACUAUGUAUACAAAGAAAAUUUAAAAGGGUCAUUUAGAUUGAUGUAAUCAUUUUAGACAUUCAACUUCUUUCUACUUUUAUUUGUGGAUGUGUAUAGUUAUGAAUGUAUGUUAACUUUUGUGUCAUUCAUUGGUUUAUUAUCAACAUAAACAAAUACAUUGAACCGAA